AUGGACGCCGAAGUCCCUCCCCGUCGCAUCGUCGACGACUGGACCCCAGAGCGACAGGAUAUCCUGGGUCAAGUCCUUCUUUCCGUCAUUCAUGGCAAAUGGAACGGCGAAGGCCCUGUCUCAAAUCUGUUGACUGGUGUUGAUGACCCGAUCAAACCUCUUGACAACGAUCUUUUUAUUGGUAAGCCCACAUGCUGUUGCACGUCGGGUUUCUGGCUAACACUCUCAGAUACAUAUGGCUCCAAAUCCCACCAGAAGAGUGACAUCCCUGACUCGAUCUUUGAAGCUGGGCCUAUUCCCACUGAGCUCCCAGAGCCUGGCAUUGACGGUCUGCGUGUCACAUGUGAUACUCAGGACCCCGUUCUUGGACCAGCAACUCGCGCAGUUCUGGAGGAGACUUGCGCGGUCGUGCGUAUCCUGAAUCAACCGCUUUCCCAAUGUCGAUUUGAUUCAGUUUGCGUCAAACCCCUUGACACUCUGCUUUCGCUGGACCAUGUCAGUGUCGACUUGGCUCCUGGAUCUGGAGCCGAACCCAAGCCAGCCGAGCAGAAGAAGAACACCAAGCGUACCCCCAAGAAGAAGCAAGCCGAUCAAACCUCUCCAGAAAAAGAGGUGACACCAAAGUCUGCGCCCACAAAAGGCCGCAAGAAAGCUCAGAGGUCUUCUCUUGCUACGCCGGCCCCUGCGACUUCGGGUGAUCAGCCCUUUCCUACCCCCUCCAAUGUUCGAACGCUCGCGCCAGCGCAAGUGAACGAAGCGACCAAUGGAGCUCCCGAAACUCCAUCACAGAAGACUGCUCCGGCUCUCAAUCAGAAUACUCCCCGGAUGACUGCGCAGCCUGCACCAAUCAGGAACACAUAUUUGACUCCUUGUCGGGUUGAGAAGCAGGUCAAAACUGGCGCUUCCUCGGGGAUCCUUACGCCUGGUCCAGCAGUAGUUCAUGGCAUAUAUCUGGUCCCCAAAUUGAAAUGGGUGGGCCCAAAAGAGCACAAGGUCGGAUCGCAACAGGCUCUGCCACCCACUCCACAGUCACAGCCUCAGCCUCAGCGUGAGGGCUGUUCUCCUCCCGUGCGAAAGCCUUUGCUCGUCACCCCAGGUGACCCAGCCAUCAAAGCAUCUCAAAGCGCCUUGAACGGCAAGCUCAACGAGGCUUACCAUACCUACAAGCGUGCCUCCGUUUUGAAACAUCCGCAACCACCCAAGGGAAAGGACACACCACCUGCUUCUAGUACUCUCUACGCACUAGGGAGGACAGCAGUCAUCCGUCAACAAAUCGAAACUUUCGAUAAACACCUUGCAUUGCAAGCGAAGAAAGUUGACCAAAUGAGGUUGGCUGUUGCGAACGAACCACAAGACUCUCCGCAGCGUGAAGCUUACGAACGGGCAUCGGCCGCUCACCAGGAGCAAACCGAGAAACAAGCACAGCGACGCACCCACUUAGCAAGCCUGGUACAACUGGUCGAAAUAAGUCAGGACUCUCAAGGCACUUCAAACAAGAGAAACUUCUCCACGAUGAAUCGCACCACACCCACCAGCAAAUCUCUAGCCCAGCCAAGCUUCUCUCCCCAAGGGCCGGGUUCUGAUUGCAUUGUCAUUGGAAGCCGCACCGCUUCGAACGGACCCGAGGCCAAGAGAUUCAAGUACUCGCUGAAGUAA